CGAAACUCAUAAACUUUGUUUAUUCAAAAUGAUUUGUAUAAGAUAUUAAGAAAAUGUAAAAGAGAGAAACAUGUGCAGCUAAAUGAAAUGCAUCGGUCCGUACUUGUCGCAUUCGACUUUGAUCAUACGAUCGCCAAUGAUAAUACUGAUGUCGUGGCUCGAAAACUAUUACCCAAGGAAAAAUUACCUGACAGCGUUAAGGAUUUACAUCGUUCUAGUGGUUGGAUCCCGUACAUGGGGAAGAUAUUUGAAUUGCUACACAACAAUUCCAUUGAUGUGAAACAAAUAAAAAAUGCCGUCGUUAAUAUUCCACCAGUGCCGGGUGUCGAUGAACUUUUAAGAGAAUUACACACCCGUGGUUGUGAAAUUAUUAUUAUUAGUGAUUCAAAUACAUUAUUUAUUAACGAGUGGUUGAAAAGCAAAAAUUUAAAUCAUGUUAUCACUGAAACGUUCACUAAUCCCGCGAAAAUUUCUGAUGACGGUAUGAUAAGAGUAGAUAUGUAUCAUGUUCAAAAUUCUUGUAAAUUGAGCACCGUCAAUUUAUGCAAGGGUCAAAUUUUGGAAGGAUAUAUUAAAAAAAGAAACAGUGAAGGAACAUAUUUUGAUAGAGUGGUGUAUGUUGGAGAUGGAAAAAAUGACCUGUGUCCAAUUUUACGACUUUGUGAACGCGAUUUAGCAUUUCCGCGAAAAGAUUAUAUGCUGAUUAAGAUAUUAAAUGAUACCGCAAUAUUAAAUGAUACCAUAUUAAAUAAUACCACGAAUUGUGAAAUUCCGAAGCUACAAGCUGGCGUGUUUCCAUGGAAUCAUGGCAUUCAAAUCUUGGACAAGUUAGAAGAAAUAAUAGGUCUUUCUCAACCUUCUUUAUAAUUUCAACAAAUAAUAGGAGGAAACAAAAUAUGGUUUUUAAUCUGUCUUUUAUUAUAAUCACUAUGAAGAGGUAAAAAUAAGUAUGAUCAUGAAAUUGAAAGUUAGUGCCAUAGCCACAAUGUGCGAAUAUACUGUAUAUGAUUCCCUCGUCCAAACUAUAACAAAUAUGAACGAAUGUUUACAAAAUGAAUAAACUAGAACCUGAUUAUGUUUAAAUAAA